AUGUGUGCUCAAGUUGGUGUGAAAUGGGAUCCUUCAGAGCCUUUGUUGCAGCCCAUGCAUAUACUUAAUAGAUCCUCCAUCACUCGCUUCAAGGUCACUAACACUGCAAGGGAAAGCUCAUCUUCUCAAACUCAGGCUAGGCCACCGCCAUCAACCAAAAAUAUGACCUUGGCAGACCAUAUGACACUUGUGGAGGAAUCUCCGUACACUACCUCUCAAGAGUUACACGCUCAUCGUAUUGAAUUUCAAGCACACCAGCAGCGCAUGAUUGAGUGUGCCAGCUACCAAGAUGUCUAUUUCAAGAUGAAUGCCAUACACCUUGGUAUGGAUAUGGCGAAUUAUCCACCUGCACCACAUUGGAUUCAACCGUAUCCACCACCUAUUCCCAUGAUGUACGAUGACGAGAAUGAGGAGGAAGCUGAAGAUGAUCAAGCAGAUAUGGCUGAUGAAUGA